UAACUACUCCUCAACUGAUGUCACAACUAGUUGUACACGCACUCACAUGGGAAUCAAUAAAGGAAUACAAAGAAGAAAACUAUUGAGAUUUGACUUUUUAAAAGAGUUUGCUGUAUUUCCAGUGCUGAAACGACCUUGUGAAGUUUUCUGUCAAAGAAUAAAAGAGAAAUAAGGUCAAGGAGGCGAGAGAGGACAGGACGGACAUGCAUGGCAGGAUCACACAGUUACUCUUGAUUAAUUCAUUAACAUGUGGUCUGGAAGUAUGUUUGGCUGCUGGGACGAUCUACAUCCCACCCAUGCUGCUGGAGGCAGGGGUGGAGGAACGCUUCAUGACCAUGGUGCUGGGUGUGGGACCUGUGCUGGGCUUGAUCUUUGUUCCUUUGAUUGGUUCAGCAAGCGAUGGCUACAGAAGUAAAUAUGGCCGCCGACGUCCGUUCAUCUGGCCGUUGUGUUUGGGUGUACUCCUAGGACUCCUCAUCAUCCCUCAGACGUCCACCCUCGUAAGCCUAUUUACAAAACACAAACUUCAUUGGCUGGAGGUCCCGCUGUUGGUCUUGGCUAUCUGCCUGAUGGAGUUCUGCGGCCAGGCUUGCUUCACAACGCUGGAGGCUCUUGUAUCAGAUCUCUUCCCUGGAGAAGUAGAAAGCCGUAAGGCCUUUUCCUCCAAUUCCCUCAUGCUCAGCCUGGGUGGCUGCGUUGGAUACCUGCUGCCUGCGGUCGACUGGAGCUCUUCGGAGACCGUGGUCUAUCUGGGUGGACAGAUAUCUUUUAUCUUCCUGGUGCUGACCUUCAUCUUCCUCAUUUGCUUGAUGGGUACAAUGUUCAUAUCUGAAGAACCUACGGGUAGAGAAAAGGUCGGAGACGCUGAGGUGUCCAAGAGGAUUGCAAAGUGCACGAGCUGCUUUUGUCCCCGUGCGUUGUUUUGCAAAGUCUUGCUCUUGCCCAGAAUAAUCUUCAGCCUCCUGUCUGUGGGUCCACAACUUUUCUCGCUGUGCAAUCGCAUGCCCAAAGUCAUUGCAAGACUGUUUGUUGCAGAGCUUUGCAGUUGGAUGGCCCUCAUGUCUGUUAUGCUGUUCUACACAGAUUUUGUCGGGGAGGGAUUGUACGGCGGGGUGCCCAGUGAUAUCCCAGGUUCCCUAGGAAGGAUACGCUAUGAUGAAGGUGUACGAAUGGCCAGCCUGGGUCUUUUUCUACAAUGUGUGACGUCCGUGAUCUUUUCUGUGCUUAUGGAGCCUCUGGUGUUGUGGGUUGGCCACAGAAAGCUGUAUAUGAGCAGCAUGAUGAUCCUGGCCGUGAGUUCAGCAGUGAUGAGCGUCUCACGUAAUGUCGUGUUAGUCACCAUCAUGGUUGCAGCUACAGGAUACACCUUCAGCAUCUUACAGAUACUGCCAUACACACUUACAUGUCUAUACCACUCCAAUACACAGGUGUUUUUUCCCAGUGAGAGACACAAACCGCAUGGGAAUGGUGUGGUGUUGACCAAAUCAGCCGAUGUACAGGCUUUGACCAAGCAGAAAAGAUCCAACGGCUUCAUUGCUGGGCCCAACACGAAAACAUGCCAGUGCAAUAUAUCAACCUCACAAUCACUUGAUCUGCAUGUUUGUGUAACCGUAUGCCCACAGUCUGCACUACCACCGGCCCUUAAAGAAAUAGGUACAGAUAUAGCCUUACUGGACAGUGCUUACAUGCUAUCUCAGGUGGUUCCAUCUCUCUUCUUGGGCUCCAUAGUACAGCUUUUUCACAGUGUAACCACAUACAUGGCCUUUGCCACUUUGCUGAGCGUGGUGGCCGUUUACUUUUCUCGUAAGAUUGUCUUCGAAAAGAAAGACAUUGAAGCGAACGGGUGACUGUGAUGUAACCUGUGGAGCAAAAAUGAUGUUUUAAAACCACAAAGGACAGCUGGACAUGUUUGUGUGGCAAUCCAAGACUUUCAAUUGGAUGGUGACGUGUCACUGAAAGUGUUAAAAUUAUUAAUUAAUUAUUAAUUUAUUAAGUCUUGGCUAUUAAUACUUGA